AUGCAUGUGGUCUUAGCUCCUUUGUUAGGUGACGACGUGUUUUGUUACCUGGACGAUAUAAUGGUAGCGACAAAAACAGUGGAGCAGCAUCUCCAAGUGUUGGAACAGGUCCUCCAAGUACUUUCAAAAGCACGACUCAAGUUGAAUCCAAAGAAAUGCGUGCUGCUGGAGAUGAAAGUCGAAUUUCUCGGUCACAUCAUCGACCAUGAUGGGUUACACAUGGAUCCAGCGAAAGUGGAAGCGAUUCGGAAAUAUCCACUACCGCAGUCGCGCGCCGAGCUUCGUACUUUUCUCGGUAUGUGCUCAUACUACCGGAAAUUCGUGCUGGGGUUUUCGAAGGUAGCCGCUCCGCUACACGAGAUGACGUCCGAGAAAACGCUGUUCCAGUGGAAUCCUGCUCGGAAAUCGUGCUUUGACCAAUUGAAGUCGAUCAUUGUGCACGCGCCUGUACUGGCACAGCCGGAUAUCGAGGAAGCAAGGAGCGGUAGGAGGCCGUUCAAGAUCCAUACCGAUGCAAGUAUCCAAGGUUUAGGUGCUGUCCUAAGUCAGGAAGGAGAGGAUGGAUUCUUGCAUCCGGUGUUCUUUGCUUCAAAAGGUCUUUCCCGAUGUGAAAGGAACUACCAUGUAACUGAUUUGGAAGCGCUGGCGGUCGUUUUUGCCUUGAGGAAGUUCCAUAUGUUUGUGUACGGACUCCCAGUGAAGGUGUACACCGACCACCAACCUUUGACGGCACUUUUCAAACGCACUAAUGUGUCAGCCAGGGUACUCAGAUGGGCCCUUGAACUCCAGAAGUAUAACCUGGAGAUCAUCUAUCUGAAAGGAGCUGCGAAUCGCGUAGCGGAUGCCCUGAGUCGUGGAGCUAUUCCUUCGGACGAGGAAGAGAAGUUGGGGUGUAUCCCCAAUGAACUCAUCGUAGCUGCGGCUUUGGAGGAGCCGGAGUGGACAACGGAACUUCGAAAGGACCCUACCUAUGCUGAGAUCAUAGCGAGCUUAGAGAGUGGAAAUCUGGACAGGGAUGUCGCCAUCCCUACACUCUCCCAAAAGCUCAAAGUGGCGGACUUUGUCAUGGAUCGAGGCUAUCUUGCUUUACUAGACAAUGCUUCUGUUCGAAAGGUUGUUCCAGCGUCCAAGAGAAAGGCGGUUUUUGAUGAGGCACACUCAGGUUUACUGGCUGGACACUUUGGUCCGAAAAAGAUGAUCAGGCAACUGUCGAAAGAGUUGUUCUGGGAAACAAUGAAACGGGAUAUCACUCAGUGGUCCCAAGAGUGUCAGAAGUGCCUAUGCCACAAUCAUCGCCACCCAAUGACACCAGGGUUGAAACCAAUCGUGACAUCAAAGCCAUACGAACUGGUAGGCGUCGAUAUCCUAGAAAUAGGGUUAACGUCCAGUGGUAACCGUUACAUACUCAGCGUGAUAGAUCACUUUUCAAAGUUUGGCGGAGCAUACGCCAUUCCAUCGAAGACGGCUUCGGAAGUGGCUAGAGUGUUCUUUGAAAGGUGGGUCGCUGAGGGAGGACGUCAACCAAAAUGCAUUCUAUCAGAUCAGGGAGGGGAGUUCGACAAUCGGUUGAUG